AUGACCGCACAGCUCGAGGAGCCAUCCCCCAUUCUCAAGCGAUCCUUUUCGACACCCACGGUACGCGACAUGGCGCAAGACAGCCCGACGACAGCGGGGGAGAAGAAGCGUAACAAGCUAGGGUACCACAGAACAUCAAUAGCAUGCAGUGAGUCCAGCGCUCUGCCUCUUCCACGCGCCUCUCGGUUUGUUACGCUGCCGAGUGGUAGCUCGGGCUUCUGGAGCUUUGCUCAAGUCACCGCUGCUAACCAAGGCCGCGAUACAACAGGUCAUUGCCGGCGGCGGAAAAUCCGCUGUAUCGUGUCUUCGGAGAUACAGAACCGAUGUAUAAACUGCAUACGUCUGAAGAAGGACUGCAGCUUUUGCCCCGUUGAUCAGCAACCGACGGUGGACUCGCAAGGCAAGAGUGCUGGUCAAGGAACUGGCGGAUCGGCGGCACACUCGCAAUCCUCCUCACCAGCACCUGCAUCUGGGCAUCCAGCCGUCAUAGCAUCGAGACAUGUGUACGGGACGGGAAUGGUACAAGACUCCGUUGGUCUUGUUGCACCCGUGAUUGUGCCGUCCAGCGGUGCCUUUGCGAGUGUUGCAGAUGAAGAAAUUGGACUGAGCAUACCAAUGACCGCCGAACAAAGUUUUAAUGUCUCUCCUGGUUCGAGUUUGGCUUGGAGGUCCACUCAGCCAAGCCCAGUAACUAUACCUGGUUCAAUGGAUAUGGGUUUUGCGUGGCAUCCAUACGGUAGCGAAAGCAGCUCUACCGAACAGUUAUCUUCUCUUGGGCCUGGAUCGGCCUCUCAGUCUACAUGGGCGGAAGCAGCCUCCGGAACGCCGCAGCUAAACGACUGGAAUUGGAACAACGUAGCACUAGCAGCGGCACAGGCGAGAUCUGUGUCCUUUAGCGGCGACUUCAUCAGUCAAUCACAUCAGCAGUUUGCCUCGCUCCCAGGCAACUCACUGUAUAACGGGGUGGAGCCGACAGUGGAAGGCACAUAUACGUCUCCAAUGGACCAUUCUCUCAGACCAGGCCAUUUGCCAAGCCAAGCGGGCGAGCCUAGCAUCAGUUGGCUCACACAGCAACAGCAGAUGCUCCUACAACAACCUCAGCAGCAGAGCAUGGGCUUCGAAUCUUGGGGGUUUCCCAACACCAGUGGACCGGCCACGUGA